AUGGCUGACCCGACGCUCUAUCUCCCUGCAGUCUUGGAAGAAAGUUCUAUUACACAGCUGCUCUCCGGCCUCGGGUUGCCCGAGCCAACGACUAUCCAGCUACUCAAUACUACUGCAGCAUAUCAUAUCAUUUACAACAUCAAGUUUGCUGAAGACAUAGAAGACAUCCUGCAGCCUAAUGCGCUUGGCGCAGGAGAUUCAGCCGCCUCCUUCGCUUGGAAGGUGCGCAACCCACGCUCGCUCGUUCUAAGAAUAUCAGGAAAGCAUCUUCCCAGGAUCAAGACUCUCAAUGAGGUUGCUACCAUGGUUUGGGUGAGGGCAUACACGAAGAUUCCAAUACCAGCUGUUGUCCGCUUUGAUGCAACAGAGAAUAAUGCUAUCGGACACGAGUUCACUCUCCUAGAGAAGGUCGACGGGGUCAGUGUUGACAGUAUUUACGAUGGCCUUGAAGACUGGAAGAAGGAGUCGCUCGUCCGUCAGCUUGCAGGGUACCUGAUGGAACUUCGCUGUCGCGAGUGGGACCACUGUGGCGGCCUUCAACUCAACCAGAGAGGUGUGCCUGUACCAGGUCGAGUCGUAGCAGAGACUUUCUGGCAAGGCCCAGAGCUGGCGCGAUACUGGCCUGGCAACGAAUCCGUGGAUUCCCUCAACGUCGGCGGGCCGUACACCUCAUAUACAGCCUACGUCAGAGGGCAUAUUGACCAGUAUAUCCGAAACAUGGAAAAACAUGACUCUCUUGAGUGGAUGCGGGACUUGAUCCCUCGACUCUACGCGUUUCUCAUUUACCUCGAUCAACACGCUGCCACUUUGAACGAUACCAGGUACAUUCUUACCCAACGAGAUCUGCAUUUUGGGAAUAUAAUGUGCGAUCCCGAAACGGCCACCGUUCAAGCAGUGCUUGACUGGGAAUUUUCAGAAGUAUUACCGUUGCCGCUGUGGAGCCCUGGCAGCGGAUUUCUCUGGAAUGCCAAGCAAACACCAGAGUCCAUGACGGAGCAGAGUAGGAUGUAUGGUGUGUUUACUAAGCUCUGCAAGGCCCACUGGCCAGACUUGUUGUCCGACUUUGAGGUCAAGAAAGAGAUGCCUCACAAAGCAAUCUCGACGAUCUUGAAUUUCGUUCGGGCUGUUGUUGAGGUUUGCCCAAGGGGCCAAAAGGCUGACGCUGCGCGAGACUGGCGUAAGACUGCCGAGAUGGCCUUGACUGAGCUAGGGGUCUGA